AGAAAAUGAUUGAGGAGCUAGGCUGACUAUGGCUCUAUCAAGGGGGCUAAGAUGCUGUCAGAGGAUAUUCUCCUGGAUACCUGUCGUAAUCAUAUCGUCUGUGGUGCUAUGGUCUUAUUACGCAUAUGUUUUUGAGCUAUGUUUUUUUACUCUUAGCAAUACGCUGGAAAAGGCGGCAUAUAUUUUAGUAUUCCAUUUGUGCUUUGUGAUGUUCUGUUGGACGUACUGGAAAGCCAUCUUCACCCCACCAGCCACUCCCUCCAAGAAGUUUCAUAUGUCCUACACAGACAAAGAGCGAUAUGAGAUGGAGGAAAGACCAGAUGCUCAAAAGCAGAUCCUUGCAGACAUUGCAAAGAGACUCCCCAUAUUUACUCGAGCACAAUCAGGAGCUAUCAGGUUCUGUGAUAGGUGCCAGGUGCUUAAGCCCGACCGCUGUCAUCACUGCUCUGUUUGCGAAACGUGUGUCCUGAAAAUGGAUCAUCAUUGCCCGUGGGUAAACAACUGUGUUGGCUUCUCCAACUACAAGUACUUCCUGUUGUUCCUGUCCUACUCCAUGUUCUAUUGUGUAUUCAUCGCGUCAACCGUGUUCCAGUAUUUCCUGAAAUUUUGGAUGGGUGAGCUUCCAAACGGACCUGCGAAGUUCCACGUAUUGUUCCUUUUAUUUGUGUCUGUCAUGUUCUUCGUCAGCCUCUUGUUCCUCUUUGGCUACCACUGCUGGCUCGUGGCUAAGAACCGGUCCACUUUAGAGGCUUUCUCUGCGCCCGUGUUUCAGGGAGGCCCAGACAAACAUGGCUUCAACGUGGGCACGCGUCGCAAUCUCCAGCAGGUCUUUGGCGAAGACAAACGGCUCUGGUUCAUUCCGGUGUUCACAAGUCAGGGCGACGGUCACUAUUUCCCUAUGCGGAGCCUGAGCUACUCCGAAUCCCACAAUCCUUUGCUAGCCAAUGAGGAGAAGUGGGACGAUGAGGAGGACGACGAGGAGGACGAUGAGGAGCAGCUGGAGCGACGGGGUAGAGGAGGAGGAGGAGGAGGAUCGGAUGAAGAGGGCACAGAUGGUCCAGAUGACCCUUCGGUUACCAUAGAGAUUGAUUCAUAGCUGCCUCUGCAAUCCUACCUACCGUAUUUUCUGGACUCUUCGGGUUGGCCUCCUUCACCUGUGAAGAGUCGUAGGAGGUGGGGGACACAGAUGGAAGCCCAAGCAAUUUACGCGUGGCUCCCGGUCAAACCGCUGCACCCACCGUGGAGCCAAACAAGCAAAAGGACUGUUCCAGUUGUGUUCUGUUUUCCUGACAUUGUGGCACUCAUUUUAAUGUAACUCAAGACUCUCUUAUCACCCCGAUUUAACAUGUUCAACAUUACACUUAUUUUCUGUUAAGUUGGAGGAUGUACAGGCAUCGUGGUGGACAAUCGGAUAAUCAUUGGUCAUCUGUGAGGGGCUUAUCUGUGCUUGCCUCACUCCCUUGUACCAUUUCCCUCUGUCUGUGGGGUGUGUGUGUCUUUAUCCUAACUAGACUUGUUUGAAGGGGAAUGCCAAUAUUGCAUAACUGUGUGUCAUCUCUGAUCAAAAAUCCCGAGUCAGUUGAGGUCAGUUGCCUUUGUACACAGGCCUGAAGCACAUAUCAGCCUGCCAGCCUGCUCUGGUGGGGAGAACCUCUCUCUUUCUUUCUUUCUUUCUUUCUUUCUUUCUUUCUUUCUUUCUCUCUCUCUGGUUGUGUCAUGUUCAGAUUGUUUAACAGAGGUUGCCUAAGCAUGGUACUGACUGCACAGUGGAAAAGACAAACAAAUGUGUUUAUAUGGUGUGUGUAAGCCUAAGUCUUUCAGGGGGAUAAAAAGGAAUGCACAAAUCAGA